AAUAAACUAUAAUAAAUGAAUAGUGUACCAUAUAGAGUAUUAUAAUAAAAUGGAUAAUAGUAAUAAUAAUAAUUAUAAUAAUAAUAAUAAUAAUAAUAAUAAUAAUAAUAAUAAUAAUAAUAAUAAUAAUAAUAAUAAUAAUAUAUCAAAUAUUCAUAAUGUUGAAGUUAAAACAAAUUUAGAUUUUAGUAUAUUAAAAGAAACAAUUGGUGAAAAUGUAACUACAACAAUUACAGAAAAUUUAGAAAUUUCAAUUGAUGAUGAUAUAACAAAUAAAAUAAAUAAUAUCAAUAUAAGUAAUAAUAGCAUCAGUAAUGAUAAUAAUAGUAAUGAUGAAAAUAAAAUAUUAACUAAAAAGGAAAUGCUGGGAAUAUUACUUGUAGAUAGUUUUUCAAAUUUCUAUAUUCAAAAUAGUAUACUAAGCGAUUUUAAUGAUGGUAAUAAUUUAAUAUCACCAGCAACAAUUAUUGGUGACGGUUAUAAGGAUACAGAAGUUACAAGUUUUUUAGUUAAUGCAUUCCUUUAUUUAUCAAUUCCAAUGAAGGUUUUAAACUAUUUAUUAUUGACAAACAAAACACCAUUGGCCCAACAAACAAUUUACCAAAACUCAUCAUCAUUAUCUAAAGUUUCAUCGUUUAGCUCAAUUUCAUCAUUACCACAAUCGCCAGUUUUGAACAGUGGCAAUUCACCAAUAGAAACGGAGCUAACAUCAAAUGAAAAGGAAAGCCAGUUACCAAAUAAAACGGAUAGAAAAUUAAUAGCAGAGUUAGAAAUGUUUUACGACAAUCAUUAUAAUGCUGAAGUUUUCGAUUUUUCACAAAAAAUGUCAAUGUGCGAUUUAGAAUCAAAAAGUAAAUUAUAUUUUGAAUAUUUAGAAGAGUUGACCAAAAAAGCAAUAAAUAUAACACCCAAAACGUUCAAAGACAAAAUAGGUUCAAAUAAUUUUAAUUUAGUAAUAAGGGAAUCAAUAGAAUUUUUUUUAAUCCAAAAUUUAUUUCAUUUUUUAUUCCCUAUAGAUUUUGAAAAAGACGCACAGUUUUCAAAAAGAAUCGAAUCAUUAAGGUUUUUAGAGCUAAAGCAUCUAGGCAUUCAAAAUGGGGAUGAAACUCAGUUUACAAAAUCAUUAUGCACAACUUUAUUAAAAAUCAACAUUUAUCAAACACCAUUAGAUAAACAAAGAUGCUUAUCAAGAGUAUUAGUAAAGUUAUUAAAGUUAAAUGGCGGUGAAGAAACUUUAUUACCAAAUUUAAUUUAUUUAAUUUUAAAAUCAAAUCCUCCAAAUAUUUGGUCAAAUUAUAAAUUUUUAGAAUAUUUCAAAGAUAAUGUUAGUAAUAAUAGUAGUGGCGCCGACAGCAAUCAAAAUUCAAUUUAUGAAUAUUCCUAUUUAUUAUUUUCGACAGCUAUUCAAUUCAUAGAAAAGUUAGAUUAUAAUCAUUUACAAAUAGAUUCAUUAUAUUUUCAAACUAAAUUAUUAGAAUAUCAACAAAUAAAUUUAAAUCAAGAUAAUAAUAAUAAUAACCCUCAACAAGAUAUUGGCCAAGAUCAAAUUAUAAAUUCAACUAGUGUAUCAAUUAAAACAUUUUCAAAUUUAUUAAUAAAUGAUUCAAAUAAUGAACAGCUUCAACAAAAACAAAAUGGUGAGAUGGAAGUUGACGAAGAGGAGGUUAAAUUUAAAUUAUUUAAAGAAAACAAUAGAAUUCAAAAUAUUAUCGAAAUUUGUAAAACUCAAAUUAAUGAAAAUGAAAUUGAAGAGAUUUUAUUAAAGUUUAUAUCAAUCUCAUUAAUUAAAGAGAAGCCAUCAUACCAUUCUUUAAUUAGAUAUUCAUUAAAAAGAUUUUUCAUAUACUAUUUAGGUAUUGAACCAAGAUUGUUUUUAUCAACUGAAAUGCAUACAAUCGGUGCUCUUCAGGAUGACCAUACUCCAAGUGAAUUAGAAGUUUUGCCACAGCCUCAACAAGGAGGUGAUAGUUUGGUGCCAACUUCUACCUCAACAAAAGAUAAGGCGAUUAAAACUGGUAAAAUCGUUGGUGCUGCGGUUACUGGUGCAGUGCUAGUAGGUUUAACUGGUGGUUUAGCUGCUCCAUUUAUUGGUACUGUUUUAAACUUUGUAGGUGCUGGUAGUAUUGUUGCGGGUAUUAGCGGUGCAACUGGUCUAAGUAGUGCUACAAUGUUAUCAGUAAUUUUUGGUGCAGCUGGUGCUAAGGUAACUGCCGAUAAAAUGAUAUCUGCUACAAGUGGUGUAAAAGAUUAUUCAAUUCAUAAAAUCAAAAGCCAAACAUCACUUCAUGCUAUUAUUGGUAUUUUCGGUCUUUGUAACGAUGUAAAUCAAGAGUAUUACCAAACCAAAUCAAUCUGGGAUAGGGUAAUCAGAUCAGUCACUGAUGACUACGGUGAUAUUUUCUUAAUCGAAUGGGAAAAAGAUGUUAUUUUAAAACUUAAGGCUAUCGUAUCCGAGUAUCAGGGAACAAUUGUGCAAGGUAUAGUGAGAUCUGCUGCAACCAAUAUUAUUUCACAAAGUUUAGCAUCGGCUCUUAUUCCACUUUCAGUAUUAAAGGCUGCUUCAGUUUUGGAUAACCCAUGGUCAUUACUCAAAGAUCGUUCAGAAAAAGCAGGUAAACUUUUAGCUCAACAAAUAGUUGAUGGUUAUUUUGGUAAUAGACCAUUGACAUUGGUUUCGACAUCAAUGGGAUCAAGAAUGGUAUUUUAUUGCCUUGAGGAGCUUUACAGCCAAUCUCACAAUAAUCCAAAUAUAUUUUCAUUAAUCGAGACAGUGGUUUUCAUUGGUUCACCAAUCACAUCAGAUCCAAGCCGUUGGUCAAAGAUUUUAAAACUCAUUAGCGGAAGAGUUAUCAACUGUUAUACUCCAAAAGAUCUCUUGUUAAAAUAUGUUUGUCGUUCAAUUAAUUGCUUAUCCGAUGGUAUAUUACCUGCCGCUGGUGUAGCACCAAUUCAUAUUCCCUCUUCUAAUUUGGUCAUCGAAAAUGUUGACCUUUCAAAUUUAAUUAAAAGUCAUUUGGAUUAUGAAAAAGAAGAAAUAUUAUCUAAAAUUUUACAACAUAUCGAUAUUAAUAAUAUAAAUUAUUGUAAACAUAAAGUAUCACCAUUAUUUAGUGGAUUAGUUUAUGAUGUUUAAUAUACAAAAUAUAUAAAAUAGUCACACAAAAAUAAAUAAAAAAAUUAUAAUUUCUAAAAAAAAUAAAUUAUAAUUAUAAUUUU